UAGCAAAACCUCUACUUCCUUACAAAGAGAGAAACAACCGCUUUUAGAUUUCUACAGUUAUUGCACCAGAGCCGGCAGCCAUGGCGGUAGCUUCAACUUCUCUACUUUCUCAACUCUCUACAGCUCCUAAUUCUACCAUUUCUUCUUCCCUGCACUUCUCCGGUCUCCGUCAAUCCUCCUCAAACCUCGACCAGUCACUCUUCCAUCGCAUCGAUUCUCAGCUUCGUCUCUCAUCGAAGAAGACGAAAAGUUGCAGAGGCGUCAUCACUAUGUCCGGUUCAGGAAAGUUUUUUGUUGGUGGAAACUGGAAGUGUAAUGGAACCAAGGAGUCAAUUUCCAAGCUUGUCUCUGACCUCAAUACUGCAACUUUGGAGGCGGAUGUUGAUGUGGUUGUUGGGCCUCCCUUUGUUUACUUAGAUCAGGUGAAAAGCUCAUUAACAGACCGCAUUGAGAUUGCAGCUCAAAAUUCUUGGAUCAGCAAGGGUGGAGCUUUCACAGGAGAAAUCAGUGUGGAACAAUUAAUUGAUAUUGGUUGUAAGUGGGUCAUCCUUGGUCAUUCUGAGCGGCGACAUGUAAUUGGAGAAAAUAACGAGUUCAUAGGAAAGAAGGCUGCUUAUGCCUUGAGCCAAAAUGUUGGAGUCAUAGCCUGCAUAGGAGAACUGUUAAAGGAAAGGGAGGAAGGAAAAACUUUUGACGUCUGUUUUCAGCAUCUGAAAGCUUUUGCAGAUGCUGUGCCCAGCUGGGAUAAUGUAGUUGUUGCCUAUGAACCCGUGUGGGCAAUUGGAACCGGUAAAGUUGCAACACCUCAACAAGCUCAGGAGGUUCAUGCUGCUGUUCGCGAUUGGCUAAAAAAUAAUGUUUCUGCUGAAGUUGCUUCUAAAACACGAAUUAUAUAUGGAGGGUCUGUAAAUGGGAGCAACUGUGGUGAGUUGGCAAAAGAAGAAGAUAUUGAUGGAUUUCUUGUAGGAGGUGCUUCACUAAAGGGACCGGAGUUUGCAACCAUUGUCAAUUCGGUCACUUCCAAAAGAGUUGAUGCUUGAUGGUAACAAAUAUCUUACCCGCGAAAAUAAAAGAGCUCACUCGAUCAUAUACUCUUGGUCGAAUGAGCCAAUAUUUAAAAAAAUCUAUUUACCCAAAUAACGUCAAAACCACGUGUAAAGCACUUGUUGUCAGUUAUUUAACUGAUUUGCUUGACAGAAUAAACAAAAACUACACUUCAUUUGCUAAUUAAGUUGUUGGUAGGAUGAUUUUGUUAA